AUGGCGGCAUUGACUCGCGCUGUGGUCUCAGCCCAGUGGCUAGCGGACGCAAUCAGAAACGGCCUCGUGGGUUCCAAGAUUCGGGUUCUGGACUCUUCAUGGUAUCUUCCGAUAACCAAACGGGACCCAAAAGCUGAGUUUGCGGAGAAGCAUAUUCCGGGUUCCUUGUUCUUCGACAUAGACGAGUGUAGUGACCAGAGUUCACCAUAUGGUCACAUGUUGCCCCAAAGCAGCCACUUUUCACGGUAUGUGGGCAACCUGGGCAUCGCCAACGAUACGCAUGUGGUCGUGUACGACACGAAUGACUUCGGCUCGUACAGCGCCCCCCGCGUCUGGUGGAUGUUCCGACUGUUCGGCCACAGUUCGGUGUCGUUGCUGGACGGGGGCAUGAAGAACUGGUUGGCCGAAGGACGCCCGGUGACGUCGGAACUAGUGAAACCGGAGCGUAGAGACUACCAGGCAAAUCCGAACCUUGCUUGGGUGAAGAGCUAUGAGGACAUUCUGGAUAACAUCAGCACCAAGAAGAUUCAGGUGGUGGACGCCAGGUCUGCGGGGAGAUACAGGGGGAUCGAACCCGAGCCCAGAAAAGACACGUUACCAGGCCAUUUUCCCGGCGCAAUCAACAUGCCAUUCACUUCCUUCCUGGAUGCCUCCGGAAAGUAUCUGUGCAAUGAGGACCUGUCCAGACUGUUCAAGGAAGCUGGGGUGAAAUUGGACCAGCCGCUGUGGGCCACCUGCGGGUCUGGCGUCACGGCAUGUCUCGUCGUUUUGGCUGCUCACCUGCUCGGGCACCCCGGUGUGUGCGUUUACGACGGUUCGUGGGCUGAGUGGUUUAAAAGAGCAUCUCCUGAGAAUGUCAUCUCAGAGGGAGAGGGAAAGAAGGUGUGA